AUGCAUUUCUCCAUCGCAUCUGUUAUCGUCGCCCUCCCCUUCCUGGUCAAUGCCUCGCCGCUCGUCGGUACCCCUCUCGUUGGCACUGCCAUCCCCAUCGCGAAGCACUCCAAUCUUCGGCGUGCUGAUGGGUCCGUGAACACCACGGCUUUGCAGGCACAAAUCAACCGCUCCGUCUUCAAAAUUGAGAAGGGGUUCUCGGCAUACAAAAAGAACAUUGGUUUAAACCAUCCCUUAGCAUCUGCGAUUCAGAAAAAGGUCAAACGGGCAGGAAGAGGCGUGCCUCUCACAAAUGACCGAUCUCAAGUUUGGUAUGGUUCUAUCUCUGUCGGAGUCCCCGCACAGACGUACACAGUGGAGUUCGACACCGGCAGCAGCGACCUCAUUCUUCCAGGUCCAUCCUGUGAUACUAAUUGCGGCGCGCACGCAAGAUACGCUCCUGGCUCGAGCUCAACGUCUGUCAAUCUGGGGAAGACAUUCACGUGGGAUACCGGUAAUAGCUCGUCUAUCAGCGGCCAACAGUAUACGGACACCGUUUCAGUUGCUGGGUUGAAUGCAACAUCGCAGGCACUUGGUGCUGCAAUGGCAUAUCCUCUCAGCGAGGAAUCUCCUGCCGACGGAGUAUUAGGCAUGGCAUUCCAGGCCAUAUCCGAUUUGAAUGCCAGUCCCGUGUUCCAGACGCUCAUUUCCCAGAGCCAGAUGACGAUGCCUGUGUUCAGCUUUAAGUUGGCACAUGAUAACUCAGAGCUGUUCCUGGGAGGUAUCAACAGUCAACUGGUAAAAGGUCCUCUCACUUACGUUGAGGUUACAGCAGAGGGAUACUGGCAAUGUCAGCUGGACUCUCUAACAGUGGACAACACAGAAGUGGUCACAUCCAUCGAGGUGAUCAUAGACACUGGCAGCACAUCGAUCAUUGGCGACCCCGACAACGUCGCGGCUGUGUACAGUAGCAUUGCUGGCGCUCAGUCAGCACCUCAGUACGGUGAAGGCGUCUACACGAUUCCCUGUGAUUUCAACUCAACCAUCGCCCUCAAGUUCGGCAGAUACUUCAAUAUUGACCCCAGAACAUUCAACCUAGGACCUGUUGCUCUAGGCUCCUCGACUUGCAUUGGAGGCAUCGCCUCAAACUCAGCCCUCACCAAUCAAUUCUGGAUCCUCGGUGACGUGUUCCUACAAAACGUGUAUACUGUUUUCGAUUCAAGUUACCCAAAAAUUGGCUUUGCGCACCUCGCAUGA